GCCAGCGCCUCGUCGUAGGCGGCGGGCGACGACGCGCCAGCCAGGCGGCACAGGCGCGACCACAGGCCCGGGUCCUCGCGGCCAGCUCCGCCCAGCUCCUGCGCCUUGCUGAAGAGCGUCUCCAGGCCCUGCGCGCGGCAGAUCUGCACGCGCGCGCAGGGCAGCAGCUGGCGCACGGCGGGCAGCUGUGCCGCCACCUCCGGCCCGGCGGUGAGGCAGCGCACGCGGCCUUUGACGUCAGGCGCACUCUGCAGCAGCGACGCGAGCGCGAAACGCAGCAGGCUCGGCGUGCCCGGGCGCGCCACGCAACAGGCAGCCUGGCGCGCACGGCCCGCGCCGUCCACGCACAGCACGGCCAGCAGAUCCAGCGCGCCCUGCAGCCCCGGCAGCCGGUCCACCAGCAGCAUGCGCGGGAAGCGCCGCAGCAGCGCCCUGGUGCGCGACGUCAGGAAGAACACGGUCUCCACCACCGCCUGGUCCUCCACGAACACCAGCUUCACCUGCGGGCGGGGGCAGGGAGAGCUGCGGGAAGCAUUUCUAGAGUUCGACAAGGACCGAGAUGGGUUCAUCUCUUGUAAGGACCUGGGAAAUCUCAUGAGGACGAUGGGUUACAUGCCCACGGAGAUGGAACUGAUUGAGCUUGGCCAGCAAAUCCGCAUGAACUGGGGUGGCCGUGUAGACUUUGAUGACUUUGUGGAGCUGAUGACCCCCAAAUUGCUUGCAGAAACAGCUGGGAUGAUUGGUGUCCAGGAGAUGCGGGAUGCCUUCAAGGAGUUUGACACGAACGGAGAUGGGGAGAUCACCCUGGCAGAGCUGCAGCAGGCCAUGCAGAGACUCCUGGGGGAGCGGCUCACCCCCCGGGAGAUCUCUGAGGUUGUCCGGGAGGCUGAUGUUAAUGGAGACGGCACCGUUGACUUUGAAGAGUUUGUGAAGAUGAUGUCUCGAUGAGGAGGUGAUGGAAGCCCCAGACCCCCACCUGGUCAACAUGGAGCAAGAGCUUGUGGAGAACCACGCUCCAAAGCCCCCUAAAGCAGAGAGGGAGGGCAGCGGGGAGGGAGGGGGUUGGCGUGCAGCGGUAUGCAGGAGGCGAGGCCGAGAGCGGUAGCUUUGCCAGGAUGAGGGCGUCUGUA